CCCUUGGACCUCGCACUGCUUCAGUCUAGAAACGGCGCGCGAAAGAUACGGCAGCACGGCGGAGUGUAAUUCUUUCUGAGUGGAAAUUCUUCGCGUUUGUAACCGAAUCGCUGGCGACAUCGCAGAAACAUACGCGACCUACUUCCAAUCGCCGUGUAAUAGGCCAAGUUCUGCGAGAAGUUUCGGAAAGCCGUUGGAUAUCUGCCGAAGAAUCGUUAGUCGCAUUGAUCGGUCGAAUAAAAGCUAUAAGCUUUCCAAAUGGAUCACGAUUACGGGUACGACUUGGAAGAAGCCAUCAAGCGAGAAGGGCUGUCCAAAUCCGAUAUUCAAGCGUUACGAUCGCCUCCCAUUGAGGGAGUCCCGUUGGAUAUCACCGAUAAGUUGCUGGCCUGUUUCCUGAAUGCCUGUAAGAAAAAUGUCCAAGAAACGCGUAAAGUCAUCAAAAUCUACUACCAAGACCGCCGAGAGGCUCCGGAGCUGUUUGACAAUCGCGAUCCGCUGAAUCCCAAAAUCCAGCAAUGUUUCCAAAACCAGGACUACUUUUUCUUGCCGCCUACACCUUCCGGGCAUUCCAUCAUCUUCCACCGAUUGAGCAACCCCAAGGCGUCCAAUUACCACUUCGACGAAGCAGUCAAAACCUACUUCAUGCUCAUAGAAACCUGUAUGUAUCAUCAAGGUCCCCGUCCAGGUCUGAUCUGCCUGUUCGACAUGAACAACGUGGGGCUGUCCCAUUUGCUGCGGGUGAAAAUCGGCACCAUUCGGAAAUUCUUCCAUUACCUGCAGGAGGGAUUGCCGGCAAAACUGAGAGCCAUCCACGUGUUGAACGCCGUCUCUUUCUUCGAUAAGGUUCUCUACAUUAUCAAACCGUUCAUGAAUGCAGAAAUUCUAAACAUGCUCUUUUUGUACCCAUCGAAUAGCAGUUUGGAAAAGUUGUAUGACGAGUGGAUUCCCCGCAGUUGUUUGCCAUCAGACUACGGUGGUGAGCUAAAAUCGGUUGCAGAGUUGCACCAGGAGCACCUGAAGACGUACCAAUCACUUCGACCAUACUUCUUGGCCGAGGAACGACUACGGAAGGGAGACGGCAAGCUGAUAGAAGAAGCAAGCAAUAAAAUGAAAUCUUUGGACAUAGAUUAGCGUGCAUUCUUCCAUUGCUGUUGCAAUUUGCAUAGAGAUGAUUUUUUAGUGAAUAUUAAUUAACUACAAAAAUGUUUUAUUCUAUAAAUUACACAUUAGGGCUCGAUCAAUGUGGGCUUUGAGCUUAAGGAAACUAAUUGUGAUAUUAUGCAAUUGCUCAAGUGAAACUUAAAUAUUCGAAUAACGUUUUUAGGUGGAAUUUUAAUCGGGCUUGGGAAUAUUCAUUGUAAAAUGUUGAUCAUGAUUAGCUUAACUUUGAGCAAUACAAUACACUGGUACAAAUUUA